AUACAUAGCUUGCACACUCGUUGUCAGAACCACGAAAUACGAUCUGCUACAGGGAACGUUAAGUACAGCAGGACACAAAGUGGAAUCUUGAGUAAAACGUAGCACUAUUUGCAAGAGUGAACUUUGUGGAAACAUUUAGGGUGAAGAGCUGGAGUUAUAUUGCCAUAAAGCACGCAUAAAUAACUGAGCUCACUUGAAGCAUAAGGAAAAAAAAACAAGCCAGCAGUUGAUCGAUCGAUUAUUCCAAGCAGAAAGACAUGUUAAAGUUGUGUGUCUUUCUUUUUUUCUUAGGGGCAGCUACUGGUGUUCCACCAUCACCAAAGUUUGAAUUUUUGGAUCCUAAGAAAAUGACCAUGGAAACUGUUCGAUUAGGCUCUAGCAUCAUCAUUGACUGUGAGACCACAGAUGCCUCUGCAAUGGUAACACUAUGGAAGCUUAAGUCAAGUAAAGAAUUUCAGGUCAAGCCGAGCCUUGAUGUGAUACAGAGUGGUCAAAUCUUUACUAAGCAUAAUAUUGAUCUGCAAGAUGCUGGACAAUACAAAUGCAAAGCCCAGGAUUCAAUGGGUACAAAAAUCACUAAAGAUGUGACUAUCAUCAUCAAUACUUACAAACCUGGUCUUGUUCUGCGGCCAACCAAUCCAGUGGUCACUUUGACUGGAUCAACGGUUUCAUUCACUUGUGAAGCAGUAAUUGGGACAAUCUCUUGGAGAUUUGUUUCCAGUGGCCUACGAACCUACCCCCCACCAUCCAAGUACACUAUAAAAAACAUUGUAAAUGCUUCAAUUAGCCUGAGUGUUCUUACUAUUCCAAAUGCUCAAGUCUCUAACUCUGGGAUAUAUGAAUGCUGGCUUUAUCACUUUGAUGCAUCCUUUUUCCGCAAUGUUGAUCUUCUAGUUAAGGAUUCUCAAAGACCUGCCUUUACUAAUGGUAAUUCCCAGACUGAAAUAAUGACUGUUAAACUUGGACAUUCAAAGCACUUGAACUGUGAAGUUACUGGCUUUCCAACACCUGUUGUCUCUUGGGAAAAGAAUGGUAGACCAAUCUCUCCAUGUAAUAGGAUGUUUAUAAACUUCUGCCAAGACUCUCCUUAUUUAUCUCAGCCUCGUGGCAUAAAGAUUGACGCUGCUCGUUUUCCAGAGGAUAAUGGAACUUACACUUGUGUGGCAAACAACAGUGUUGGAGCCUCGAGAAAGGAUUUUCAAGUUGUUGUUGAAGUCAAACCAGUACUGGACAAAAGUUCAAGCUUAUUAAUGGGAAGCUCAAAAGUAACAUGCCAUGCGAUUAAAGGCAAUCCUCCUCCAAAGUUCAGCUGGUCCAUGCAGUUGUAUUGGUUUCCAACAACAAAAUCACCUUAUAAAAAUGGAUGGAAACCCAUAUCAAAAUAUGGUAACACUGCGACAGUUUCAAGUGAUGGAAUGACUAGCACAAUCCAGGUACCCAGUUUGAUUACACGGGCAUUCUACAGGUGUGUAGCAGUCAAUGAUGUUGGACGUGACUCCCAUACAAUCAAAAUGAUGAGAGUGUUCUAAGCCAGGUUGUAUAAACACGUACCUAUGCACUCAUUAUUUCUAAAUUCGUAUUUAUGUCUGGAUCCCUUUUCAUGCCAAAGGUGGCUAGAAUACACCUUAGUUGUUGUGAUGUGCUGUUUUUCUUCUUUAAAGACCAUGUGUCAUUCUCUAGAGUAUCAUUUCCUUGUUUAAUGGUUGUGCAUGAGAAGAUGAUUAUUGAUAAAACUCAAAUAAAGAAUCAUUCUCUAGGAAUUGAUACAUGGACUGUAACAGGAAAGCUUUGCACCACAAUGAAUUCAUCAUGCUCUGAUGGAUCCUACUGUAAGCAAGGCGAGUUUUAUGUUUCUCAUGCUUCCUUAUUAAGCAAAAAAACAGCAUCAUUCGAUAAAUGCUCAUCAUAUUAGCAUAAAUUAACUGGAAAUAAAUAAUAGUAAGUGUGGCAUGUCAUAUUUCCAACUUAAAUGCAUGUACACAUUCAUGCACAUACAAAAUACAAAUGAUUUUUUUAAAAUAUUACUUUCUUAUGAUUUACUCGACUUAUUCGACUUAUAGUCAUAGUUAAAGUGCCUAUCACCCUUCUGACAAUGUUCUCAGUAUUGAUUCUACGUGGGGUAAGAUGUUGAAUAACCCGAAAAAAUUACAUAGUUUGAGUGCGGCUUCUUGAAGUUAUGAAGGUUUUUCCAUGUCAUAUGCUAAUGCUGUGACGUAUGAGGAGGCAUUUAUGGUUAUUUGUUGUUCCUUGUAAUUUGAAACACCAGCUUUUAUGGGAAAACCAACUUGCAAUCAUUUCUAUAAGAGCAAUGGGGAAAACAAUGACCUAUUUCAAAUUUAGUUUAUCUGUGACAGUAGUGUUUUGUAUAUUAAAUGAUUACUCCUCAUACGUCACAGCAUUAGCAUAUGGCAUGGAAAA